UCCCGGGAUGCUUUGCACCGCGCCGGAGAAUCCGUGGAAAACCUAGUGCGCAUGCGUAUCCAGACGUGGCAACGGCAUCAUGGCCUCUUGGAACUGCUACGGGAGUCGGAUGAGAGAGGCGAAAAUGUUCGUGUUGCUGUUGUGGCUUCUGUCGGUUCUGGAAGCGGUGAAGGUAUCUCCUCUCAUAGAGAAAGUCAGUGACCACAAAGACUUCAAGAAGCUGCUCAGGACGAGAACCAAUGUUCUGGUGCUUUACACCAAAACAGUUACAUCAGGGGACUCCCACCUGAAACUGCUGUCUGAUGUUGCCCAGACAGUAAAGGGCCAAGGGACUAUUGCCUGGGUCAACUGUGGAGAUUCAGAGGGCCGUAAACUCUGCAAGAAAGUGAAGGUAGACCCGAGCUCCAAACGUGGAGGAGCAGAGCUGCUGCAUUACAAAGAUGGGACGUUUCACACUGAGUACAACAGGCCCGCUACCUUCAAGUCAAUGGUAGCAUUUUUGAAAGACCCAUCAGGGCCCCCACUGUGGGAGGAGAACCCUGAGGCGAAAGAUGUCAUCCACAUAGAGACAGAAAAAGACUUCAGGAAGCUGUUGAAGAAAGAGGAGAGGCCAGUCCUCAUGAUGUUUUACGCUCCCUGGUGUGGUGUUUGCAAGAGAAUGCAGCCCAUCUUUCAGCAAGCAGCCACGGAGACAAAGGGAAAAUAUGUUCUGGCAGGGAUGAAUGUGCACCCAGCAGAGUUUGAUGGCCUCAAGCAGGAGUUCAACGUCAAAGGCUACCCAACCUUCUGCUACUUUGAGAAGGGGAAGUUCCUUCACCACUAUGAGAACUACGGAGCCACAGCCAAGGAUAUUGCAGACUGGAUGAAGAACCCUCAGCCCCCACAGCCGAAGAUCCCCGAGUUGCCGUGGUCGGAGACGGACUCGCCAGUCUUCCACCUGACCGAUGAGUCCUUUGACAGCUUCCUGGAGGAACAUCCUGCAGCACUGGUCAUGUUCUACGCCCCCUGGUGCGGCCACUGCAAGAAAAUGAAGCCAGAGUAUGAUGAAGCUGCUGAAAUACUCAACAAGGGCGCAGAUAGUCCCGGCGUGUUGGCAGCAGUGGAUGCCACAGUGCACAAAUCUGUGGGGGAUCGCUUCAAGAUCUCCGGUUUCCCAACUGUUAAGUAUUUUGAGAAGGGCGAGGAGAAGUACACACUGCCACAGCUCCGAAGCAAAGAGAAGAUCAUCGAGUUCAUGCACAAUCCUCAGGCACCUCCUCCACCAGAGCAGUCUUGGGAGGACAAGCCCUCAAGUGUCAGCCAUCUUGGAUCAGAGGACUUCCGAGAGGCUCUGAAAAAGAAGAAACAUGCUCUGGUGAUGUUCUACGCUCCGUGGUGUCCACACUGUAAAAAUGCCGUCCCCCACUUCACCACAGCAGCAGAGCUCUUCAAAGAGGACCGCAAGAUUGUGUAUGCUGCCCUGGACUGCACAAAAGGACAGAACCAUGAACUUUGUAAGCAAGAAGGUGUGGAAGGAUACCCGACGUUCAACUACUACAACUAUGGCAAGUUUGUGGAAAAAUAUAACGGAGAUCGUGGGGAGGCUGGAUUCACGGGUUUCAUGCGCAGUCUGAGAGGACGUGACCAGGAGAAGGUGGUGAAGAAGAAGGAGGAGCUCUGAGGGCGGAUUGCAGGGACGACGAGGGGGGCAAUGCACUGUGACCCUUCAGCCUUGCAAAGAGCCCUAUCAGCACUGACAUGGGAGACUCGAUGACCUCAGUGAAAGGCUAUUUUUUUAUACCGUGCUGAUCCCGUUUCUAAUAAUACCAACGGAGUACUCACAGUCAGACCAAUCACUUGAGAUUUUUGGUUUUCAAGGAUGUUCUCUGAUGGGGAGAAAACACAAAAAAGGUGAUUGUUUUUUUUGUUUGGUUUUUUUUCACUUUUUGCCCAAUCACUGUGACUGAAUAUUUGAAAAGCUACACCCUAUACUGUAUCUAUGCAAUACUGACCCCUGCUUAGCCCUGUGAGGGGGUCUGUGUGACUCACCGGUGGUGGUUAGUUAAAGUCCAUUGCUCCACAAGGGUCCUCAUCCAGUCCCAUCAGCUCCACUCCGCCUCUAGAGGAGACUCACGCUGUUCAUUCACCUGUGGUUCUGAUUUCUUUGUACAGAAUCUUUGUCUCUAGAGCCAUCCAGAGUAUUGCUUUGUUAUUCUCACAGAUUAUUUGAAAAAUAGUUGCAUUUGACAGCAACAUCUUAGAAAAAAAAUAGUUGUACAGUAAAAUGUGAAGUGCUGCAGUAGGUAAUAAGUAACUGUAGCAUUGUGAAGUAGGUGAAAUUGUGGGUCUGCACUAUCAUGAUUGGUUUUGCUUUUAGAAAGGACUUGAACAAAGGUUUUGUUUGCUCAAAACUGUGGCCUUAAAUAUAUAUUAAAAAAAUAUACAAUAUCUGGAAUUGCAGAAAUAUAAUAAUGAGCCUAAGGGAAUCAGAGGCCUGGUGCCCUUGGAAAGUCUCUCAUGACGCAAACCAGUCCACGUCAAAGGUAAAAAAAAUAACAUGAAAUGCCAAAUAUUACUGCAAAUCGCCCUUCAUGUGUUCAUGCUUUGUACAUUUCCAAGGAUGACUAGCAGCGGUAGUGACGUUUUACCUGUUGUACCUCCUCUGUUGUUUGUUCAGACUGGGAUUGCAUUAAUGUUUUACCAAGGUAGGGCUCAUUUGCAUAAGCAUGGCAAAUGCUCAGGCGUGGCGGUUAAAUAUUGCAUGUUGAUCAUGAAAUGUCCAAAUCAUGAAUCUUACUUCCAUUUACUGAAGCAAUCACUGAUUCUGCUGAACAUCCCACAAUCCUCUGCAUUCACGCAUUGCUGGAAUAUUCCAGACCUCUGGUUUACUCUUCUUUGGCAUUCAGGGUUUUUUUUUUGUUUGUUUGUUUAAGGCUGCCCAAUCUGUUUUCUGCCACUUUCUCCUGAACCGAUGCAACACCAAGGAGUCAAGUGCGAAGUAAUAGCUCUGUGGACAUUUUUCGCCUCAGUCUAGGUCCACCUGCCUUGCCUUCGGCCUAGAAUUACUCUGCUUCAAUCAGUCCGAACAGUGCUCUCCCAUGCCUUCCAUCAUAUUUAAAAUGGACGACUUCACCAUGCAUCCAAGGAGUAAUUAACUAAGUGAACUCUCCUCCAGGCCCUCUUCCAUUCCUCGCAACAUGUCGCCAUCAAUUUGGGGCCAUCAUCAUCAUUACCUUUUUUUGACAGUUAUUCUUUUUUUUUAAUAUUGUGUUUUCAGCUCCCAUGCUUCAGCCUCUAUGAAUAUUUAAAGUCUUAUCUGUAGCUGAACUUGUGUUUUAUUAUUCAAGACUUUGGUUUCUUUCAUUAUGAAUAAGGUUCUCAGGGAUAGCGAAACACAGUUAAAGGGAACUCGUUUGUUUGUAAUUUUGCAUUCCAGCUGAAUAAUUUUGAGUCUUUAGAUCACCAAAUUAAAUAUUGUUUACAUUUAUAUCCCAAGGAAUAAAAAAUAAUAAUAUUGAAUUGUCCUUUCUCUGUGCUACAUCAUGACAACAUGUAUUGAAUAAUAUUGUCAGAACACAUAACUGAAAAAUUUCAAAUUGACUUUGUGAUUGUUGAUGAGUUCAUUCCAAGUGAAACUGUCUCAAAUGUUCUGGCUGGCACCAAACACAUGCUCUGUGUUUAGUGUUCAGUGUGGUUAUUAUAAUUUCAUGAUAUGCAAGAGCAUUUUUGAAGAGUGCUUUCUAUAGUUAGGUGUUAGGUGACAUAUCGCUGUAAUUACGCGUCCACUCUCCUCUCCAGGAGCAGCAAUUACCUUGGAUUACUCUGUUUGUUUUUGUUUAGGAGCAUCCGCACUGACAUAUAUUUGGUGAAUAAUAGAAAGACUUUAUCCCUUAUCCCAAAGGUAUCCAUCCUGUGUGGGAAUUUUUCACACUUAUGCCAAGAAGUCAUUGUUGCCUUUGUUGAUUUUUUUGUUUUGUUUAUUUGUUUCUGUGCCCAGCCAUAUGUACAGUUUUGCCCCUUGCAGUAAGGAAAAAAAUAAUAAAGCCAAACAUUUCCAAAA